CUGGGAGCAGAUGUGAGCAGCGCUGUUGGCCCCCGGGAUCUGGGAGGCAUUUAAAGACAGUUGGCGGUUCCCUGGUGAAAGGUGUGCGGGAGGACCUGCAUUAGUCUCAGCGAGGGGAGGCCCUCGGUUCUGCUCUGUGAAGCCUGCAGCCCCUGCAGGAGAGCAUGAGGCUUAGAAAAGCCGAGGCUGACGAGCCCAGGACUCUUUGCUGAGUUUGCUGGCAACCAAACCAAAGGGACACCUGAUGACAGCAGUUCACCAGGAGAAAGACACGUGUGACACCUCAGGGGGGAGCAGACUCAGAGGUGAUCUCUGGCGCUCCUGGCCCCUGGCUGCCCUACCAUGAGAUGGGGCCACCAUUUGCCCAGGGCCUCCUGGGGCCCUGGGCUGGGAAGAGCACUCCAGCGGGCAGAUGAAAGGAGCCCCUUCCUGGUCCGCUGGCAUUGGCUUCUCAGAGGGGAGGAGCGUCCUCUUGGGACCCGCAGGGCUUCUGUCCGCCACUAUGGAAACUCAGCGGACACUGGUCCCCCCGUGGGGAGACAUGGACAGUUGUUCCGGGGCGUGGCCGCAACGGUAGCCAUUCAGCAGCAUCGCAGGAACCUGAUCGACUGGUUCAGCCGGCUGCCCAGGGAAGAGCGCCAGUUCGGCCCCACGUUUGCGCUAGACACCGUCCACGUGGACCCCGUGAUCCGAGAGAGCACCCCCGAUGAGCUGCUUCGCCCACCCGCAGAACUGUCCCUGGACCAUCAGCCGCCCUCCACCGGCCUCCCCCCGUUGGCACUCUCCCAGCUGUUUGACCCCGACGCCUGUGGGCACCGCGUGCAGACAGUGGUGCUCUAUGGGACAGUGGGCACCGGCAAGAGCACGCUGGUGCGCAAGAUGGUCCUGGACUGGUGCUAUGGGCAGCUGCCCACCUUCGAGCUGCUCAUUCCCUUCUCUUGUGAGGACCUGUCGUCCCUGGGGCCCGCCCCCACCUCUUUGUGCCACCUGGUGGCCCAGCGCUACACACCCCUCAAGGAGAUUCUGCCGCUCAUGUCCUCUGCCGGGUCCCGCCUGCUCUUCGUGCUCCACGGCCUGGAGCGGCUCAACCUCGACUUCCGGCUGGCGGGCACCGGGCUGUGCAGUGACCCCAAGGAGCCGGUGACACCAGCGGCCAUUGUUGUCAACCUGCUGCGCAAGUACAUGUUGCCUGAGGCCAGCAUCCUGGUGACCACCCGGCCCUCUGCCGUCGCUGGCAUCCCCAGCAAGUACGUGGGCCGCUACGGGGAGAUCUGCGGCUUCUCGGACACCAACCUGCAGAAGCUCUACUUCCAGCUCCGCCUCAACCAGCCCGACUGCGGCUACGGCGCGGGGGGCGCGGGGGUCUCCCCAACGCCGGUGCAGCGCGACACGCUGGUGCAGAUGCUGUCGCGGAACCUGGAGGGCCACCACCAGAUCGCCGCUGCCUGCUUCCUGCCCUCCUACUGCUGGCUGGUCUGCGCCACCUUGCACUUCCUGCACGCGCCCACGCCGGCCGGCCAGACCCUCACGAGCAUCUACACCAGCUUCCUACGCCUCAACUUCAGCGGGGAGAUGCUGGACAGCACCGACCCCGCCAAGCUGUCCCUGAUGGCCUAUGCGGCCCGGACCAUGGGGAAGCUGGCCUACGAGGGGGUGUCCUCCCGGAAGACCUACUUCUCCGAGGAGGACGUGCGGGGCUGCCUGGAGGCGGGCAUCAGGACGGAGGAGGAAUUCCAGCUGCUGCACGUCUUUCGCCGUGACGCCCUGAGGUUCUUCCUGACCCCGUCCGUGGAGCCGGGUCACCGGGGCACCUUCGUGUUCACCGUGCCCUCCAUGCAGGAGUAUCUGGCCGCGCUCUACAUCGUCCUGGGCUUGCGGAAGACAACUCUGCAGCGUGUCGGCAAGGAGGUGGUCGAGUUUGCAGGCCGUGUUGGCGAGGAUGUUAGCCUAGUCUUGGGCAUCGUGGCCAAGCUGCUACCCCUACGGAUCCUACCGCUGGUCUUUAAUCUGCUCAAGGUGGUCCCCACGGUGUUUGGGCGCGUGGUGGGUAAGAGCCGGGAGGCCGUGGCCCAGGCCAUGGUGCUGGAGAUGUUCCGAGAGGAAGACUUCUACAACGACGACGUCCUGGACCAGAUGGAUGCCAGCAUCCUGGGCGUGGAGGGCCCUCGGCGCCACCCCGACGAGCCCCCCGAUGACGAGGUCUUCGAGCUCUUUCCCAUGUUCAUGGGGGGGCUUCUCUCGGCCCCCAACAGGGCGGUGCUGGCACAGCUUGGCUGCCCCAUCAAGCACCAGGAGGCGCUGGAGAACACGCAGGCCAUCAAGAAGCGGCUGGGGAAACUGGGCCGCCAGGUGCUGCCGCCCCCGGAGCUCAUGGACCACCUCUUCUUCCACUACGAGUUCCAGAACCAGCGCUUCUCGGCCGAGGUGCUGGGCUCCCUGCGCCGGCUCAACCUGGCCGGCGUGCGCAUGACGCCCCUCAAGUGCACCGUGGUGGCCACCGUGCUGGGAAGUGGGAGGCACGCCCUGGACGAGGUGAACUUGGCCUCCUGCCAGCUGGACCCUGCCGGGCUGCGCACACUCAUGCCCGUCCUCCUGCGUGCCCGGAAGCUGGGCUUGCAGCUCAACAGCCUGGGCCCCGAGGCUUGCAGAGAUCUCCAGGACCUGUUACUUCAUGACCAGUGUCAGAUCACCUCCCUGCGGCUGUCUAACAACCCGCUGACAGCGGAGGGCGCGGAUCUGCUGCUCGAGGGGCUGGCGGGAAACCGCUCCCUCACUCACCUCUCCCUGCUGCACACGGGCCUCGGCGACGAGGGCCUGGAGCUGCUGGCGGCCCAGCUGCACCGGAACCAGGGACUGCAGGAGCUGAACGUGGCCUACAACAGCGCCGGCGACACGGCGGCCCUGGCGCUGGCGCAGGCUGCCCGCAGCCACCCUUCCCUGCAACUGCUGCACCUCUACUUCAAUGAGCUGAGCUCCGAGGGCCGCCGGGUCCUGCGGGAUCUGGCCGCCAGCCCCGAAGGCGGGGCCCGGGUGGUGGUGUCGCUGACGGAGGGGACGGCCGUGUCCGAGUACUGGUCGGUGAUCCUCAGCGAAGUCCAGCGGAACCUCAACAGCUGGGACCGGGGCCGCGUGCAGCGGCACCUGGAGCUGCUGCUGCAGGAUUUGGAAGACAGCCGGGGCGCCACGCUGAACCCCUGGCGCAAGGCCCAGCUGCUGCGCGUGGAGAGCGAGUUCCGGGCACUCUUGGAGCAGCUGGGAGGCACUGGUACUUGAGCCGAAGACGGCUGGCACCUCGCUGCGCGACCCCCUGCUCCAGCCCGGCGCUCCCGCCGCCUCCAGCUUGCACUUCUCUUUCUGCUCUGGAGGCAGAGGAAAGGGCAUUUAUCGAGAAGGGUGCCGUUACCGGUCUGGGGCACGUCUGACCAGUGCCCGAUAGCCCGGUCUGGUCCGUCCAGGGUCACGGAACAUGCCGCUUCUCCCUUAUGCCCCGGGGAGCAAAGGAUGUGGCGCUUGGGCGACCAAAUCGUCCGGCAGCCCCAGUCCCAGCCUCGCCCCACCCUCCCGUCGGGAGCUCCUGAUUGCACCACCAGGGGGCGCGCGACUCCCGCCCGCCGUGCCGGAAGUGUGGCAAGCGCUAGCUUCUCGACACACCCCAGGAUGGCAUUCUCCCACAUUGGUGCUCUCCCCUCGCCCCGACACCCCUUCACCACAGUGGUACUUAGGCUCUGUGCCCCAAGGGGCAUGUGCACUGAUUCGCUCCAAUAAAACCUGGCCUCUUUAAAUAAAAACCUACUGGGUCACUUGCCUGGGGCUUUCAAGAAAGGUCACGCAACUGUUUUUGGGCAUUUGAUAAUGGUGGGGGGCACGUGGAGAGGGACACUCCUGGCUGUGCUCAGGGGCCCGGGGCAGGAGGAUGCUCCCUCAGUGCUUGGGGGAUCACCAGGGCUAACCUAAAGGAUGCCGGAUUGGGGGUGAGCUAUGGUGUUGAGUGUUGAAUCUAGGGCUUCCCCUUGUGCCAGGGAUGUGCCCAACCACUCAGGUCAUAUCCAGCCCCUAUUCUAAGUCUUUCUGUUUCUUUGUUUUGGGGGCCACACCUGGGAGUGCUCAGGGGCAACUCCUGGCUCUACACUCAAUAAUCACUCCUGGCAGGCUUGGUGGACCAUAUGGGAUGUCAAGAAUCGAACUCAGGUCGUCUGCGUGCAAGGCGAGCGCCUUAUCCACUGUUCUAUCUCUCUGCCUGUGCUCCCCUGCCCCCAUUCUGUCUCCAUUUAACUACUCAACACCUCCUAUUGCAGGUGGAUGUCAGACUCUAGGUUCAGAAUCAGAGAGGGCUGGGGGUGGGUCCCAGGAACCAAAAAUCAAGGAGGGGUUGGCCCAGUCAGGCCGUUGGACUCCUGUCACCCUUUCGGAAGUGCAUGUCCCAGGCGUGGGCCCACGAGUGCCCAGCGGGCUGCUUUCUCCAUGCUUCAGGGAGCUGGAGCAAUUACAGAGCUUCAGAGAAAGUAGGGGCCCAGGGGCCAGAGCGAUAGUGCCGCAAGUUGGGCGUUGGUCUUGCACGCCUAGGUUUGAUUCCAACACCCCAUGUGGUCCCCGGAGUGCUGCCAGGAAUGAUCCCACAGCACAGGAGUAACCCUGAGCA